AAAAGUUGAAAACUGAAAACCAGCUAAGGGUUUAAGCUCCGAGUUCUUCUUCUUCCUCGCUCAGACGCAAAACCCUAAAUUGCAGAACUUUUCUCAUUCUUUUUUUCUCUUAAACCCAUAUUCAUCGACAAUCCCGUCAAGAUGGAUUCAGAUGCUGUGAGAGACUCUCGUACUCUGAAAGUGAACAACUUGUUAAAAGACAUUCGGAUAGAUUACGGUUCUCUGAGUAAGCCUGUGGACGAUUUCGUCUCGUCGAUUAGAGAAGCUACUGAUGCAAUCCCUGAGGAUAUUAAGGUUACUUCAGAGCUAGCUCCCAGUUUCGUUGGUGACAUUGGGGCUGAUAAAGUGGAUUUCAAUUUUAAGAGGCCAAAUGGUUUUACUGUCUGCGGCAGCUACUCCAUUCGUAGCAUGGCAAAGCCGGAUGCUUCUGUUGAUCUUCUUCUCCACUUGCCUAAGGAAUGUUUCUAUGAGAAGGAUUACAUGAAUCAUCGAUACCAUGUCAAAAGAUGUCUAUAUCUUUGUGUGAUUAGAAAGCAUUUGCUGUCAUCGUCGUCCUUUGAGAAGGUUGAAUGGUCAACUUUACAGAACGAGGCCAGGAAGCCAGUCCUAGUUGUUUACCCUGCUAAGAGACUUGAUCAGUUUCCUGGAUUUUCCAUAAGAAUAAUCCCUUCAGCAACGUCACUGUUUGAUGUUGCAAAGUUGAGUAUGAGCAGAAACAACGUCCGUUCUGUAACUGCAGAUGGUGUCCCGCAGCCCACACCAACUUACAAUUCAAGCAUAUUGGAGGACAUGUUUCUGGAGGAAUAUUCUGAACUUCUGGAGAAAACUUUUUCUGAGUGGAAGGAGUUGGGUGAUGCUUUGAUAUUGCUGAAGAUAUGGGCUCGGCAAAGGAGCUCGAUAUACGUCCAUGAUUGCUUGAAUGGAUUUCUAAUCUCUGUGAUACUAUCAUACCUUGCAACACAUGGAAAAAUUAACAAGUCACUAAACGCAUUGGACAUAUUCAGGGUAACACUGGAUUUCAUAGCCACUUCUAAAUUAUGGGAAAGGGGUUUAUUUUUUCCUCCACAGAGUGAAAAUUGUGUCUCGAAGGAGGAGAAAAUGCUUUUUAGAGAUUUGUUCCCUGUUGUUAUAUGUGAUUCGUCUGCACUUGUGAAUUUGGCUUUCCGGAUGACCAGUGUUGGAUUCCAUGAGCUCCAAGAGGAGGCUUCGUCGACGCUUAAAUGUAUGAAACUCAGAGAUGGAGGAUUCGAGGAGGUUUUUACGACUAAGAUUGACUAUCCUGUUAAGUAUGACCAUUGCAUAAGGUUACACCUAAAAGGGAAAACAGCAGUGUCUAUGUCAGGGUUUUGUUUGGACAAGGAGUGUUGGAGAAUUUAUGAGCAGAAAGUGCAUAGCCUGCUGCAACAAGGACUGGGUGAUAGAGCAAAAUCAAUCCGCGUUAUUUGGAGAAAUACAAAUCAAGAUUGGCAUGUAGAGAGUGGGUUGUCAGUUCUUGACAGAGAACCACUUUUCAUUGGCAUAUCUAUCAGCUCUAUCGAAAAGGCUUUUAGAACAGUCGAUAUCGGGCCAGAUGCUGAAAAUAAGAUUGAGGCACUCAGAUUCCGAAAGUUUUGGGGGGAGAAGUCUGAGUUAAGGAGGUUUAAAGAUGGAAAAAUAGCGGAAAGCACAGUAUGGGAGACUCAGCAGUGGAAAAGGCAUCUUAUCAUGAAACAUAUGAUUGAUUAUAUCUUUAAGAGGCAUCUUUCACUAUCGUCCGUUGAAAUUGUACAAUUAGUGGAUCAACUUGACUUUUCUCUGAUCUAUGGGGAUAAAGACCCAAUAUCUAUAUCUGGAAAUUUGCUUCGAGUCUAUGAAGUUUUCUCGAAGUGCUUGCGUCAGAUCGAAGGCAUACCACUAAAAGUUUCUAGCGUUCAGCCUUUAGACUCAGCUCUUAGGUUCACAUCUGUGUUCCCUCCUGAACCUCACCCAGUGGCUUGCGAAAAAAUUGAUGCUCGAAGACUACAUAAACUUAUGCCAUCUUGCAUACCAACAAUGGAGGUCAUGAUUCAGCUAGAAGGUUCUGGUAACUGGCCCAUGGAUGAUUUGGCAAUUGAGAAAACAAAAUCUGCAUUCCUCCUUAAAAUUGCAGAGAACCUUCAGAACGUUGAGGGGAUACCAUGCACAGCUACUGAGGAUAAUGUUGAUGUUUUCAUGGGUGGUUACGCAUUUCGCCUGAGAAUUUUGCAUGAAAGAGGCCUGAGUUUGGUGAAGAGAGAAAUUGCAGUUGGAGUUGACCCGGUGAGACAUGUUUCCUCUGCCGAUAAAGUGCUUUUCAUUCGCAGUCAACAUGCAAGCAUGAUCAAUGGUUUGCAAGGUCGUUUUCCUAUAUAUGCACCAGUUGCAAGGCUUGCAAAAAGAUGGGUUUCUGCCCAUCUGUUCUCUGGUUGCCUGGCUGAAGAGGCCAUUGAACUUUUGGUUGCACAUGUAUUUUUAACGCCUCUCCCACUUGGUGUUCCUUGCUCCCGCAUCAACGGAUUAUUAAGGUUCUUGCGAUUACUAGCAGACUACGACUGGAUGUUCUAUCCGUUGAUUGUUGACAUAAACAACGACUUUGGCAGAAAUGACGAGAAGGAGAUCAACGAUAACUUCAUGUCAAGUAGAAAGGGCUACGAAGAGGACAGACAAAACAUAAGUUCAGCCAUGUUCUUGGCUGCUCCUUACGACAAGGCAUCAGAAGCAUGGACAACAACUUCACCAAGUUUAUCGGAACAAAAAAGGUUGGUGGCUUAUGCUCGAAGCAGCGCAAAUGUGUUAAGCAAGCUGGUAUUGCAAGAACAUACUGAUUCCGUUCAAUGGGAGUGCCUUUUCAGAACACCCUUAAACAACUAUGACGCAGUUAUUCUUCUCCAUAGAGACAAAUUACCUUACCCACGUCGUCUUAUGUUUCCGUCAGAACUUAACAAAGGGAAGCAUGUAGCACGUGGAAAAGCGAGUACAGCAUUUAAUCCUUUUAUGUUACCUGGAGAUUUGAAGAGGAGCCCUGAGGAGCUUAAGAAGAAGUUAAUGGUGGACUUUGAGCCAACCAAGUGCUUUAUGAGUGGGUUGAAGGAAGAGUUUGGGACGUUGAAGCCGUGGUAUGAUCAUAUAGGAGGCGACGCUAUUGGUUUAACUUGGACUAAACGCAAUUCAAAGAAACGAGAACGAGAUGAAGAGGAAGUGGAAACUAAUCCAAUAGAGAUGUUAAAGGCGGUAGGCGAAAUGGGUAAAGGGCUGGUGAGAGAUAUCUACUUGCUCAAGCCUCCACGCUUUCUCUAAGAUGAAGACAUUGUAAUGUAGUUUCUUACUCAGGGAUCACCCUGGAAAUUUUGUUUUUAAUUUUGUUUUUAAUUUUUUGUUUCUACUUGUUCUAUAUUUGAUAGAAUGUAUCUUUUUUUACGUAAUGGAUAUAAUCUAUUUUAUUAGAAUUCAAAAUGUUUAUCAUUUUUGA